AUGACGACACCUCCGAACUCGACCUCUAUCAAAAGAGCGUGGGUAGAAUCAAAUUGCCCAUCUGAGGCGCAAUGCUAUUAUUGCGCUCAGCCCCUAUCUGAUCAAACAAGAUGGGAGUUAGCAAGAACGGAUAAAGCGCUUUGUAAUAACUGCCUGGCUCCAUCCUUUGCAACACUCCCUGCUGAGAUUAUCCGAAAGAUUACGAAUUACUGCAGUAUCGAAGACAGAUGUGUUCUUGUUCGUAUAUGCAAGCGUCUUUAUCAACUUGAGAAUUCUUUCAUUCUCAAAGACGAUAUCAACUCUCUCGAACCGAAAGCAGUCUUCUCAAUUUGCUCCAACUACCGCAACAACAGGGCGGCUUUAACGGCCAUGAAGAAUGCAAUAGCAGCAGGAGCAGAUCUAUCCAAGAGCCAACUCAGACUCUCUUGGAUUCCACUGAUGCAAGAGUUCCAUAUCAUGAGGAUGCUUCCAAUCCAUAUCGCUGCCGCUUACGGCCAGGAUCUCAUUAUCGAAGAGCUUCUUGCACACGGUGUAUCCGUCAAUGCGCAUGGCGUAUCCGUUAAUACACCCUCAUUCUCAUCAUUCAACAUAACACCACUUGAACUGGCCAUUAGGGGACAUCAACUCCAGACAGUUCAAUUACUUAUUGAAUUGGGGGCGUCACUCGAGUUUGGGUCCGGAAGAACCGCUCUCCAUGAGGCUGCUACAGCAGGCUCAGAAAAACUUGUGUCUCUCUUUUUAAAGAAGGGACUUGAUAUCAAAGCAUGGGAUGGAUCGGAUCCCUGCCCAAUUUCAUACGCUUUACUAUCACCCAAUGAUAGUUGGAGAACGAUGAUUCCCUAUCUUUUACAACAUGGUGCGAAGAUAUACCAGAGGCAUAUAUCUUUUGCUUUCAUUAACACAAGCCCUGAGGCGGCUACCUUUCUUCAUCAAUUAGGUUUCGAAAGCGCUUUGCCUCUGCCAUAUUCUGUACCUGCCUCACAAGACAUCCAGAUGUCUAGUAGAGUCCUUGCGACACUAUCUAGUCAUUGCACAUUUGGAACUGUCUCCUUUGAAGACCUGCCUCAAAUUCUUCAACUUUUUGAAAUUGCCAGACCUCUGGACGAACAAUGGAUACCUUCAAGUAUUUGUCAGAAGUUGAUACUCCGCAAACUUAUGGGAGCAAUUAGUCAAAUUCUGGUUCUCUCAUGUAAUGGAAUUACAAAGGUCCUUGGUGUUCAACUUGAACUCUCCAAAUUAGAAUCAUUGCGCUAUAAGCGCUUACUCGACCAGGUAGUCAUAGCGACAAAGCGGAGUAUUGUGGCAAUAGAGGAUCUUGAAGCAAUCUCUAUUGUUGCCUGGCAGCUAUCCGAGGGCGACAACUUAGCAUCUAACAGAACUCGGGGACACACUCUCCAGCUAGGCAACCAAGAUGAUAGUGCAGAACACCUACUCAAGAUGGUUAGCGAAGCCGAUUGCGUGUCUUUCAAGGAACCCUGGUCUCCAAGCCUCCGUUCACAGUACUAUUUCAGAAUGGAAGCAACCCGCCAGGUAUUUGAAAUACAUUCGGAAUCUGAGAGAGUGGCUUUACUCUCACAUCUGUCUGGCAGCGGUUACAGAUCUCCACUAGGUCUUCCUAGCGGCACUGCUUUCAAGAGUAGGGGACUGGUGGAGGUGCAUGGAGUUGUCCAUGAAUCUGCGAUUGCGGCCAUUGAGAAACUUCUUGAGGAGGUAUAG